AUGGCUGGGAGGCUUUGGUGCAAAGCCACCUUUGCUGGCUAUAAACGAGGUCUCCGGAACCAGAGGGAGCACACAGCUCUUCUUAAAAUUGAAGGUGUUUAUGCGCGAGAUGAAACAGAAUUCUAUUUAGGCAAGAGAUGUGCUUAUGUUUACAAAGCAAAAAACAAUACGGUGACUCCUGGUGGCAAACCCAAUAAAACCAGAGUAAUCUGGGGAAAGGUAACUCGUGCGCACGGAAACAGUGGCAUGGUUCGGGCCAAAUUUCGGAGCAACCUUCCUGCUAAGGCCAUCGGACACAGAAUCCGUGUAAUGCUGUAUCCCUCGAGGAUUUAA